AGAUCCUGACGCAGCCCAGCUCUGGGUCCCCCUCUCUUCUAAGCCAGCUGGUCUGGCUUAAUGUCAACUUCUGUCUUUCACUUUCUUUCCUUUUUUUAAAAAAAAAAACAAUCCUUUUUUUUCUUGUUUGAUACAAGGGAUUGACUGAGCUAACCCACAGCUGGAGCUGCUGGGGAACCUUCCAGGUGAAGAUACAGCAGAAAGCACUGGUGCUCGCUGACACGCCUGAGACAAGCGCGUGCUGCCCCUCAGGAGGAGACUCACCGAUGGAGUGAACCGCUGGACGGAGAGAGAGAGACACGCAGAGAAAAGUCACGGGAAGAAGAAGAAGACAUGCAGGACUGAAGCCAGCGCGGAGGAGCCAGCCAGCAGUUUGGGAUUGAAACGUGAAAAACCUUGAGGACCUGAAAGUCAAAACCAAGGAGCCAAAGUAGAAGAAGACGUUUGUGAAAAAGAGGAAAAGCAACAGAGAAAAUAACCAAGAUGGGGAGAAAAAAGAUUCAGAUAGCGCGGAUCAUGGACGAACGAAACAGACAUGUGACUUUCACCAAGCGUAAGUUUGGUCUGAUGAAGAAGGCGUACGAGCUGAGCGUGCUGUGCGACUGUGAGAUCGCCCUCAUCAUCUUCAACAGCACCAACAAGUUGUUCCAGUACGCCAGCACCGACAUGGACAAAGUUCUGCUCAAAUACACCGAGUACAACGAGCCCCACGAGAGCAGGACCAACUCCGACAUCGUGGACACGCUGCGUAAGAAGGGUUUAAACGGCUGCGACAGCCCCGACAUCGAGGCCGACGACUCCGCGGGCCAGAGCCCGGAGUCCGAGGACAAGUACCGCAAGAUCAACGAGGACAUCGACCUGAUGAUCAACAGACAGAGACUCUGCCAGGGUCUGCCCCCCUCCAACUACGACAUGGGGGUGUCCAUCCCAGGCAGCAACACCAGCGGACUCCUGUACUCCCACCCUGGAAUAGGGGGCGGUCUGAGUAACCACAACCUGCUGCCCAUCUCUCACACACACCCCUCCCUGCAGAGAAACAGCAUGUCCCCUCAGCGGCCCUCCAGCACUGGGAAUGCAGGACUGAUGGGUUCAGAGCUGACUGUGGUCUCCAGUGUGGGAAACGGCAGCUACAGCGGCCACUGCCCCUCCCCCGGCCUCCUGUCUCCUGGAGGAGUCUCCAAAAACCUGCAGGACAAGAGUCCUCCUCAGAUGAGCAUGAGCCGCAAGCCCGACCUCCGGACCCUGAUGCCCCCCUCCAACAAGUGCAACAACAUGCCGACUAUAAACCAGAGAAUAAAUCACUCUCAGACCGCUCAGACGCUGUCGACUCCCUCCGUCUCCAUCGCUGCUCCGACUCUACCUGGGCAGGGGAUGGGCGGGUACCCGUCGACGCUCAGCUCUUCUUAUGGCACAGAGUUCUGCCUGGGGACCGACCUGUCCUCUCUGUCUGGAUUCGGAGGCUCUGGUCUGGGAUCAGUGACGAGCUGGCAGCACCAGCAGAUCCAGAACCUGCAGCACCCAGCACUCGGACACAUGGGGAACUUGUGUCAGAACUCGAACCUGAACCUCCCCUCCGCCCAUCAGAACCUGCACAUCAAGUCCGAGCCAGCCUCUCCCCCCAGAGACCGGGGCGUCGGCAUGGUCGGCGCAGGAGUACUCGGAGGGGGCGUGACCACAGCCGGAUACUCCGCCUCUGGCCGGGGUCCCAACGACGCGGGCCGCUCCCCCGGCGACAGCGCGUCCAGCUGCGGGAGCUCGUACGAGGGCAGCGAGGACCGCGAGGAUCACCACUGCAACGACAGCUUCCUCCUGCGACCCCUGUCCGGUCAGGACGAGCGCCACAGCCCGUCGGUCAAACGCAUGAGGCUAUCGGAGGGGUGGGCGACAUGAUGGGGGGCGGGUCCACGAGCAGAGGGGAAGGGAUGUUAGGAAAGUUACCUUAUAGUGUUAUUAUUAUUAUUAUUAUCAUCAUAUUCUUCUUGUACUGAGUGGGUGUGCUAUAUGUGUAAUGGUAACAUGUACGUGAGGGGGGGCCGUGUCGCUGAUACAGUGACGCUCUGCUGUAUUUACUACAUGUACUGUAGCGAGACUCGUACACUAGGGGAUGACUCCUGGAGACCGGGACCCGAGUCCAAACCUGGAAGAGAUGAAAACUCAAAACUGAGUCAAAAAAAUCUCAGUAAAAAGGAGAAUUUAGGAGUUUUGAUAAUGAAUGAAUCUUCGUCUUAUUAACGUUUGUUGAUAUCAGUCGUGUGUUGUUACGAACUGUGAGAAACAGGAAACGCUAACAGCGACGCAGUUAUCUCCGAAACAUCCAGAGGCAGAACACAGCCGCAAAAAACACGUCUGCAGUGCAGUGAAGGAAUAAUAAGAGUUAGAUAAGAUCCAUAUCACCCGUAACUGAAUAUGAAGCUACAGAGGCCAGUUAGCUUAGCUUAGCUUAGCUUAGCUUAGCAUAAAGAUUGGAAACGGGGGGAAACUGUUAGCUUGGUUCUGUCUGAAAGUAACAAAAUCCCCCUAACGACAACCCUAACAAACACAAAUUAACACAGUUAUUUCUCGUCCAUUUAAUCUGACAAAAAGUAAAAUAUAAAAAUAGGUUUUGUGUAAGUGGAAAAAGAUCAGAUUUUAAAAAAACAAAACAAAUCACAUGUCCCUAAAUAAAACUGGCACGACGAGAAACAAAGUCCAGCUGCAAAUAAUCGUUUCAUCUUAUUGUAAUGAUUUAAACUCAACAGUAAACCUGUUAAAGCUAUGUUUUAUUUUGAAAGGAUUAACACGUGAUGUUUAUCCUGCAUCAGAUAAACAGACGUCCCAAACAGCAGGUGUGACGUUAACAGUCAUCACCUCUCGCACGCUGCAGUAAUUUGUAGCGUAUAAAAUCCUGAACAGAAUGCAUGAUGGGUAAUAUUCAUCAUCAUUUGAAGCUUUUUAUAUUUUUACUGAGAUGUUUUUGACACAUGUUCUCAGGCUUGUUUCUCAGCGGUCUGAUGGUCCAGGAGUCGUUCACAUGAACAUGUACUGAAGAGGCUGGAGGGGUCGUUGGUUGUUGUACAUGUGAUGUUUGUUUUGUGUGUGUUCUGGGGGGGGGGGGGGGGUUAAGUUAAAAGCACAUUCAUGUAUGUGCACAUGUAUGCAAACUAACAUAAAGGUCAAAGUGAAGAAGUCUGGUACUCUGAACGCUGAAGCUACUGGUGAGUUUAGUAACGUGGAUCAUUGGAGCCAUGAGCGGGCGUUUCACCGCCGCACAUGCCCUGUUGCAGGUUCAACAUAUUUGCGCACAUACAAACAUAAAAGCACAUUUAAAAUAUUAAUGUAUGGAAGGUAAAGGAUGGAAAAUAAAAGAGAAAGAGAGAGCAUGAGUACGUACAGUAAGAGAGAGAGAGAGAGGGAGGAAUGUAGAGGUGAGGAGAGAAAUGGUGACAGGAAGUUUUCAUGUGAGUGAGUAGAAACUUAUUUGCAACAGGUUGCAUAGAAAACAAGCUUCGGACAAAUUUCAAUUGAUGUGAAAAAAACUUUUCAGAGUUAGUGAAAAACUUUCAGAGCCAUCGUAGAAAAAAUGAUUCAGUCCAGAUACAAAAAAACGUGUGGAAGCAAAGAUAAUAAUAAUAAUAAUAACUGUGGAAAUUAACCACUGCUGAAUACUUGUAUUUUUUAUUUUAGAAAUUAAUGUCUUUGUACAUUAAAAAUACAGAUAUAACAAAUUCUAAAAUACAUAUACACAGACACAGUUAUACCAACAUAUUCAUGAACUAAAUGAACAAACCUUUUAAUCAGUUAUUAAUAAUAAGGGAUAUAAAAUUACGAAAUAAAGAAAGUAGUGAGGAUUGAAAAAAGGGAAAUUAUCAAUAAAUGAAUGUUAAAGAUGUUUUGUUUUUUAAGUAAUGAUGGUCAUUAAUAUUAAUAUCACAUAACAGAGUGUCUGUAUGUAAAUUUAAAGAAAUUUGUUGAAUUUGAAGCAUUGAAAUGUUUAACUUUGAAAACCAUCUGUAUGAAAUUUCCAAAAGAUGAACCAACUAAUCAUUUCAGCUUUAGUUUGUUUUAAUGUCAGAUGCUAAAAUUCAAGAUUAAAUGUCCAUGUUCAUGUCACAUGACCCAAAAAAAAGCUGUAGUUUCUAAAUUUACGAAAUGUGAAACGACCUUCCGGAAGUUUCAAAUUAAAAUGUCAUAAAUUCACACAGACGGAUUUUCAAUUAGAAUAUUAAAAUGUAAUUAAUAGUAAUAAUUUAAUUUCACUAUUAAAUAUUCUGUAGUGGUUAUAUUUCACAGUUUGCUUUAAGAAUAAUUUAUAUUUAUGGCCUUUCUUUGCUUCCAUACGACACGACCUGCAACAAACACAGCGUCUGUGGAUUCAUGUGUCAAACGACUUGAGUGGUGAAUUAUGCACAGAGAGAGUUAGCAUGUGCAGCUAAUGUGCAGCUAACAGCUGUGGCAGGAUUUAGCAGUCAGAGUGAGGAUUGCACUUCUAAAAGCCAUAUCCACCGGGACAGUGAUGCUUUGCUGCACAAACUUUAUAGUGUUAUGUUUUUAAAAAAAAGUUUUCCUUCCUUAUUAUAUCAAAUUGAUAUUUUUGGAUGUCUGCAGCUCUAUUUAAUAACAGUGACAUAAAGGCAGGAAGAAAAAUAUUUUCUAACAAGCAUUCAGGGAGAUUUUAAAUCAUUUACCCCAAGUAAAAAAUGUAAAGUCUGCUGAUCAGCUGGUGUCAGACCCAACAUCAUCUCACAGAGCACAAAGGACAAUCAGCUGGUUUCCACGUCCUGCAAUUACUGUGUGCUGAUUAUCAAAUAUUAUAUUAAAAUAUAAUAAUAUAAUAUAUAUGGUGGAAGAAAUACUCGGAUCAUUUACUAAAGUAAAACUGCCAGUACAACAAUUUUAAUGAGCCAGUUUUUAGACUUUUAUAUAUAAUUUCUUUUUUUUUCUUUGGGCCUCAAACAGUAAUUUAAAUGAAACCAACAGCUCAACAACAACUAGACACUGUUUUUGUCUGGACUCCAACAGCAGGGCAGCCCUUUAAUCUGGAAAGUCCCUGACUGACUGACUGACUGACUGACUGACUGACUGACUGACUGACUGACUGAUCGUAUUUCCACCAUUGAUCAGCCGAGUGCCACGGCUUUAGUUUACAUGUUUGGUGAUGUGGUCGGACGACGUCGCGUUAUAAAAUCAGGAUUUGACCACAUGCGGUCCAGACAUGUACAAGGUUCUUACUUCAUCUUGUUGUAAGAAAUCACAAGGAAAAGAAGGUUGUUGGGAAUCACUGUUACACCUGUAUUUUAUGUGUAUUAUGUUUUUUUAAUGUAAAAUCUUUACCUGAAAAAAUAACAAGUUACUACAGCUGUAAGAAAAAUGUUGUGCAGUAAAAAGCAGAAUAUUUCCCAAACGUAUAAAAGUAGUAUAAAAUGGAAAUAUUCAAGUAAAGAACAAGUACCUUUAAAUUCAAGACAGUUACUUUCCACUGCUUCAUAUUCGUGCUGCGUUUGUGGACACGUAGAAUGAUUUGUGCCUUGAACCUGAAGCGGGUCUGACACCAGCUUCGAUCAGAGGCUGAACACUAGUUUAGAGUCUGCUGAGUGAUAUCCACACUUUGUUUUAUUGUUUUUAAAGACACACAAGUGGCUAAGGGUUGUUCACAUUUGAAUAUUUUGGUUGAAGAACUGUAUAUUUGGAGCUCAAACCCUCGGCCACAGGUCUGCACUGUACGUGCCCCUAAAUUCACAAGUUCAAACCCCUGUAGCUGCUGUAGUUUGAAAGGCACUGCUAAAUGAUGUCUGUUAAAACAAAAAAAAAAAGGGCAGAGCCCAGAUAUGUUUUCUCCUGCACUCCUUUUCUUGUAUGAUGACUGUAGUCUCCGGGUUGGUCGCCUCCGGCUCAGAUUUACCGCACCACACCCGACUCAGUGCUAGCACAGCGGACAGGAGGGCCAGGAGCUCGUCCUCAGGCUCCAGGUGGGUCAGCGGGUGGAGGUGGAGGUGGAGAGCUCACACAAAGAAAACGUGGAGUGUAAACUAACCAAAGUGUGAAGAACCUUGUAUAUCUGUGUUUUUGGUUUGAUUCUUUAAGCGGUAACUGCCUGGACUUUUGCCAAAUCUGUCGCCUACUGAAAAAAAAAAAAAAAGAAGAAAAAAAAACCCUGAUGAAAAGAUUUCAUGUUGUUUUUAUUUGGCGACAUCAGUGAAUGUCCUCUGCACUGUAAAUGUCCACUCCCCUCUUUACAUGCACGAGAGCUUCAGUAGCUACAAGUCAGAUACAAUAAGAGAUUGUUAGCGGCAUAAGCUGGCCUUUGUCGCCACUUGGAGACAAUGAUUCUCAGAAGAAGAAUUAAGUGCACCUCUGUUGUCGCAGAUCAUGUACAGAGAUUCCCUCACUCAGAAAUGUGGUAGUAUUUGUAUUUUGCAGAAGAAAAAAAAAAAACUUUAAAUAUACAGGCUCUGUUACAAA